UACUGCUGUGCUUUAUUUACCUAUCACUCUAACCUAACUUAAAGUACCUGACUAACCUCUCUUGAUAUGACAGUUCGGAUGUGAUAGAUUGCUAUACGCAACUGUCCGGUUUUUAAAUACACACGAGGCUUCCAAAGAAUAGAAACAAUAAAUGAUGAACGUUCAAAUAAGGCACCCUUAUGAGGGUUUAUUACACAAGUAUACUAAUGCCAUGAAAGGCUGGCAAUAUCGUUGGUUUAUCCUUAGUCCCGAAACUGGCGAACUACAUUAUUUUCUUAGUGAAUCUGAAAAGAAUCAAAGACCAAGAUGCUCAAUAUAUUUAGCGGGGGCAGUAAUUGCACCAAGUGAUGAAGAUUCCAAUACAUUCACUGUCAAUUCUGCUACAGGUGACAUGAUUAAGUUGAGAGCUACUGAUGCCCGUGCUCGUCAAGAGUGGGUAGAUAAAUUACGUGCUGUCACAGAAAUGUAUACCAGAGCAAUAGCCAGCAGUCAUCCUCCCCUGCCUCCUAGAGAACACUCAACAAAUACCAAUAGGAACCCAGUAGCUAAGUUAGAAGUUUUAGAUGCUUUUGCUAAUUGUCAGGAACAAUUGAGCAAAGUAGAGAAACAUAAUCAUGCGUUGGCACAAACUAUUGAAACUUCAAGCUUAAACCUGGACCCUGACCUACUAGUUCUUAAAGCCACAGCAUAUACCACAUUACACACAUUAAGUCAAUGUUUAAAUAUAUUAUAUCAGUAGUUUCUACUGAAAAUAUUAUUAUCAAUCGAAGACUUAUAAGGACUUUUUAUCUAUACGUAUCAGAUGCAUUUCAAUUAUUUCCAGCAUAAUAUAUUUUAAACCUCUUAUCGACAAUCCAAUUGUAUGUUCUUCCAAGUCAGAGUUAUGGGAGAAUUUGCCUUCUUACCAAAUAGUAGGUAGAAAAGAAUAAUUAUCAUGUUGUUUAUAAGACUUAAACAUAAUACAUUGAACAUCUCUAAGAAUCUUUAUAUUUUAAACAUGUGAAAAAUCACAGCCUUCACAUUAGUGCAAAGAGUGAAUUUGCAAUAAACAAAUAAACUGAUAUAAUUCCACCCUUAGGAAUUUAAUUAGGAUUGGAUAAGUGUUUGCAAUUAUUCUGUAUAGACAUACUGAUAAAGAACAAAGAAUGAGCACCAGUGAUAAUUGGUGCUACAAAAAAUUUGUUAUUAAAAUAUAAUUAUAAAAAUAUAAAACACGUUUGUAAUGUUCACGAAAAAAUUAAUUUUUCUGACAGUGUUGGUGUUUUUAAAAUCUAUGAGAAACUACAGAAGCUGCAGUUUCUCAUCUCACAAUAAGUGUCAAGGUCAUGGAAUUAGGUGAAGGUGAACAAGCAGCAACAGACUUUUACUUUGCUUAAAGACCAAACUCAAUCAGUUUGAUCAUGGCAUGGUCCAUGAAAAGAUCACAGUUAGUCACUCUUCUAAUAUCGAACUCCAGUUAAUGUUCUUGUUAGCAUAAUUAUGAUAACAAAUAGAGAUAUGCGAAAUGGCACAAAAACAUUUCUAUCGUAUUUUCGAAAAAUUAUAUUCUGUGUUUUAAGUUAACAUUAAAUGUAAUUUCGACGAUUAUUCGAAAUGUUAUCUAAAGUUAAGUAAAAAAUACUCAUCAAAUAAAAUAGAUUUUGAAAGAAA